UGGUAUCUCAGCCUGCGUGCUAGUCUGUGUAUGUGUGUAUGUGUCAUCAAUGGGUGUGUAUGACUAUUAGUAUGUGCUAGUGAAUAUAUUUUUCAACGCAAUGUAUUUCGAAAGUUUCUGUUUUGAAUGAAAACUACAAAACUAACUGUGUGAAUGUUGGACUUAGUUUCUACCCAAUACACAAGAUAAUGGACGACCAGGAAUAAUUCACUUGAUAGUCCUAAAGACUACAGCGAAGUUUAUUGUGACAUCAAUAUGGGCUGUAGCACGUCGUCCAAUUCUAAAAAGAACAACACACGCAUCCUGUCUCUGCAAGAGUUACGGAAAGAUGUUCUUUUAGCUCAUAACUCUUUGAGAAAACAACACAAACUGCCUCCUGCACAGUUCAGUGCUCAGCUGAACACCAUGGCACAAACAUGGGCAGACAACCUAGCAGAGACUAACACUUUUCAGCACAGCCCACAAGAUCACAGGAAAGGCGCAGGAGAAAAUCUUGCUGGACAUAACGAAUUAAUUAAUGGUGAAGGUCUUGUACAGAUGUGGUCACGUGAUCAGAGACAUUCAAUGUUUGGAGAGAGACAGGGAAUAGCCCACGUGACCUAUGACCUGUGCAAAGACUGGACACAUAUGGGACUAGGGCGGUCACGUGAACGAGGAAGUAAUGGCAUGUACAUUUAUGUUGCUAAUUACCUCCCUGGAAAUGACUGGAUGACGUCACUUUGACUCAGACCAGCAUUAUGAAGACUUCUGGCUAUGCAAUCAAUGUAACAUUUGGAACUCAGUGACGCCUGGCUGUCUUAUUACUUCAUCAUAGCAGCUAUUUCUCUACUAUCAUUGGAUCAAGAAAGACUUUAAUAAAUAAUAACAUUUUAUAAUCCAUAAAUUAAAAAUAAAGGAUUAAAAGUAUGUAAAAAUG